UACUACAAUACAAAGGUUGUAAUUAUUGACGGAACCAACCAGCUCAGCCACCUACACCCAAUUGGGACAACAACAAAUGAUGUCGUCUGCAAUCCUCUUCCUUUCCGUUGCCGCCUCGGCCUGCGGAUAUAGCGAUUCCAAGCACUACAAGAACRUCAGCAUUAGCGGUAGCAACAACACAACAGUAGACGACUUUGCUCCAGCCAAAACCCCGCAGAUGGGAUGGAACCCUUGGAACCUAUUUGGAUGCAACGUCAACGAGAGCCUCAUCGAGGAUAUAGCCACUUCAAUGGUCGAUUCUGGCCUCCACAAGCUGGGGUACGAAUACAUCAACCUGGACGACUGCUGGCAAAAAUCCCGCGAUUCGGAGGGCAACAUCCUGGAAGACCCCGAGCGCUUCCCCUCGGGGAUUGCCGCCCUCUCCGAAACCGUGCACGACCUGGGGCUGAAGUUCGGCCUCUACAGCGAUUCCGGCCUGAUGACCUGCCAGCGGCGACCGGGCGGGCUGGGCCACGAGGCGAGGGACGCCGCGCAGUACGCGGCCUGGAAGAUUGAUUACCUCAAGUAUGACAACUGCUUCGCGACCGGCCUCGGGAGGGUGGAAAGCCGCUACAAGCGCAUGCAAACCGCGCUGCAAGAGGCCACCGCGAAUUCCACCAGACCCAUCUUUUUCAGCCUCUGCGAGUGGGGCUACAAAGACCCGGCCACCUGGGGCAGAUCGGUCGGCGGGAAUUCCUGGAGGACCACCGGGGACAUUCGGAACGAUUGGGGGUCGAUGACAAGCAUCCUGGACCAAAACGAUCGCUGGCAUGCCUAUGCGGGACCGGGGGGAUGGAACGAUCCCGAUAUGCUCCAGGUGGGAACUACCAUGGAAGGCAGCAGGAGCAAUGCCGGAGGCGGUGCCGGCUUGACCAUUCCCGAACAGCRGGCCCAUUUUACGCUGUGGUGCCUGGUGAAGGCACCGCUCCUGCUGGCUAACGAUCUCCGAGCGAUUUCGAGCGACGUCUGGGACAUUAUUUCCAACAAGGAAAUCAUCGCCAUCAACCAGGAUCCCCUCGGCAUCCAGGGCUACAAGCGGUGGUCCUCGAUGGGAGAAAGCAAGCCGGAGACAGAUGGCACAGAACCCGUCGGUGACUCCAGCGAGGAUGGUCCCAUCGAGGUGUGGGCGGGAGAUCUCUCGGGGGGAGACGUGGCCGUGGUCUUGUUCAACCGUUCGGGAAAAACCCAGCACAUCGUCGCGCGCUUUGAGGACGUGGUCGGAGCCCAACCGCAUCGAACCGGCGGCAGUGCCUACUAUGCCGCCGCCGAGAUUCCAAGCGACCGCGAUGUCCGUGGACGCCUCCGCCGGAACCAAGCCCAAGCCGUCGGUUCGCCGAGGGCAUCGAUCCGCGCCCACGUCCGCGAUUUGUGGGCGCACGCCGAUCUCGGUGUAUCCAUCGACUCGAUCGGGGGAAUGGUCCCUCCCCACGACGUUAUGGCAUUUCGCUUAAGCAACAUCACGRCGACGACGGCAGUACCAACGGUCUAGUCAAUAGGUGCACCAAAUUUAUUGGGAAAGAAGCAGUAAUCGCUUAUGAUGCACCACCGUGGCCAAGGCCAAGGCAACCAAUGGACAUGGAAUGAACCAUGUGUAGUAGCCAAGGGUUCAGGCGAGAGUUCUUUGGCACUGGGUCGACCAUAACGGAAUGUUUUGGCUGUGAAUGGAUGGAAGAACAAAUGAAUGCGCGCAUG